UUAGGGUACUAAUUUUCAACCUCUUUCUCUCUCCUCAAUUUUUUAAUCCAUUUUUUCGUUGUUAAAGUAAGGACCUAACAUUACAAACAAAAGAUGAGACACCCACCAAUAAAAAAUUUGUUGUUAUUAAAAUGAAAGUGAGAUGGACCAAACACACAUCAAUGACACACACCUUCCUCUCCUUCAUACAUACACUUUGAUGAUUUUUCCACUUCUAUCUUUUCCCUCUUUCUCUUCACCUCAUUUCCUCCCUCUAAUAGUCAUGUUUGAUCCAAGAAAACAAACAGCCAAUGACAGUUGGGAGCCUCUAAAUUUUGGUUUCCAAGUAUCAAAAAAGCAUGGGAAUUGGACUAAACAUGAUGGUGGAGAAGGGAUUCAAUUUAGAGUUCAAGAAAAGGAAGAACAUGAAGAUGGUGGUGUUGAAUCUGGUGCUUCUUCACCACCCUUAUGGCAAAAUAGCCCUCCAAUAAGUCCAGUUCCUCAUAGUAUAAAUUAUCGGUCACUUUCGCCGAGUUCUAGAGCUCAAGCCAUAGCUAGAGGCCAAUGGGAACUAAUGGAAAUGGUUAAGAACAUGCCUGAAUCUUGUUAUGAGCUUUCUUUAAAGGAUCUUGUUGAGCAGCCUACUACAACCUUUCAAUCUCAAGAAAACUGCUUAAUGAAUAAGGAGAAAAACCAAGAUAGGGUGAAGAUAAAGAGGCAAGAGAGUGGCAACAUGAAUAAUAAGAAGAAGAAGAAUGAUCAAAUUAAGAAAGCCAAGAUGAUGAGAAGUAGAAGUCUUGACAAUGGAGGACUAUUUCUCAAGAUGGUUUCCCCUGUUCCAUUGAGACCAAAGAGGAAAAAGAAGAAUACAGCAAAUACAACUAAUAAAGUUUCUCCUAAACCUGAAGAGUGUGAAAACUCUUCAAAAAGUUUGGAAAAAGACUGGUGGAAGAAGAGAUUUUCUAGUUCAAGUGAGAGUGGUAGUAGAAGGACAAACAGCAGCAGAAAUAGAAGCAGUGGCAGCAAUUCAAGCAGCAGCACUAACAGCAGCAACAGGAAAAGGAAAGGAUUUUUAAGCAGUUGUUGGUCAGGGUUAUGCUUCACUAAAAGCAUAUCAAGUGAUUGGUGAUGCCACCUACACAUAAUACGUUUAAGUCUUUAUAAUAGUGUGAUGUAUAAGUUUGUGGUAGAUCACAAUAUAUAAUAUCAAUAUAUAGCUCUAACCAGAUCUUUGAGCUAUAUUUCCCCCUUGAAUUGCUCUUUCAUUUGCUUUCUUCUUGUUUUGGCAAGUAUUUAUUUGUUAGAUCAAUAUUGAAAUUUGAGAUGUCAA